GACCAGACGGAUUUCAUCAAGGUCGAUCAUUUCUCUAUCUUGAAGCCGUUGUAGCAGGUCAGUGACGGCAGGGUAACGGAAGGGACGAUGCUGGCGCGCGGGGCACUGCGACCACUCUCCCUCCGGCGCAGCGGCUUGUGCCAGGGGCGUCAGGGAGCUGUGCUAAGGGCGGUCACCUGCCGAGGCGUCUCUGCGGUGUCCUCGGCGCAGGACGCUGCUGUUCCCCCUGGCCUCCCGCGCCCUCCGGAGGAGAUCCCUGGCCCGAGACGCUGGCCCUUGCUCGGCUCCCUCCCGGCGCUCACGGCUCGCAAAGACUGGGAUCCCGCGCGAAUCCACCUGGUGUGGGAGCAGCUGGCCAAGGAGUACGGGCCCAUAUUCCGCCUGGACGCCCCUGGCCAGGAGAGCCGCGUCUUCAUCUCGGACUCGAGGGACAUCGAGCACCUGAUGAGGGAGACGGCCUACAUGCCCACCAAACCCAUGUUUGAUUCCAUCGCCACCGUCAGGAACCACAGCAGGAAUAUUGAGAGGGGGAAGACCGGCCUCCUGUCCGAGCAGGGGGACGAAUGGUGGCGUCUGCGGCGACUCACGCAGCCGCCGGCCAUGAAGGUGAAGACCGUGGCGCAUUACCUGCCGGACAUCGACCUCGUGGCCCAAGAGUUCCUCGACAGACUGCCCGAGGUUCUAGACGAGAACAACGAGAUGCCACACGACUUCUUGCAAGAACUCUUCAAGUGGGCCCUUGAAACUUUAGGUUUGACCGCAUUCAGCAGGCGCAUCGGUUGCCUCAGUAACAGUCCUGAAGGAUUGGAGGUCAUACGGAUCAUCCACUCACUGAUGAAGGGCAUGCAGGCUUGCCAGGUCGAACCCGGGGCCUUGUGGAGGUGGAUCCCAACGCCUGCCUACAGGAGGUUCAAGAGCGCCCAUAGCGAGCUGGAAGAGUACACUUUGGCUGCCAUCUCAGACGCCCAGAAGAAGCUCGAGGAGAGUGACGUGGAACACCUGAACUUGCUGGACCAGGUGUUGCUGACGCCAGGACUCAGCCGAGCAGACGUGUUGGUGUUCAUGAUGGAUUUCCUCCUUGGUGGGAUUGAUAAUGUGUCCACCACCACCGCCUUCACGAUGCUGAACCUGGCGCAGCACCCCGAGAAGCAGGCUAGGAUGCAGGAGGAGCUGGACCAGGUGCUAGGUGCCGGGGAGGAGGCCAUCACGACGGCGCACCUGAACAGACUGCCCUACACGAAGGGCUGCGUCAGAGAGACUCUCAGGCUGAAUCCUGUAUCCAUUGCUCUCCCACGGAAACUUGAGCAUGAGGUUGUGCUCGGUGGAUACUUAGUCCCGAAAGGGUUCGAGGUGUUCGUGCUCCUCAAGCCGGCAGGAACCAGCGACCAAGCCUUCCCGAGGGCGCUGGAGUUCCUGCCGGAGAGGUGGCUGCGGGGCGAAGGAGACAGGAUAAACAGCUACGCCUCCUUGCCCUUUGGAAUCGGGACGAGGAUGUGCAUCGGGAAGCGGUUCGCGGAGAUGGAGAUCUACACGCUCCUGGCGAGGAUGUUCCACCGGUUCGACGUCAGCUGGAACCACGGGGCCGUCGGGACCAAGACACAGUUCAUUCUGAUGCCAGAUCGACCUUUGAACUUUACCUUCACAAAGAGAACUUGAACAUGUGGAGUGUAGCGAGAUUUUUUUUUUCUUUUUUUUUUUAUUGGCAUAUUUUCCUUGUGAGUUUAACGAUAUUGUCAUCCUCUUACUUUUUUAUAGAAGUAUCAUAAAUUGUUCAAGUUGUAAUGUACUGCAAAAUAUGUUUAAACGAUAUGAUUUAUUUAAUAAACCUUGAAAAUGUUUCA